AUGGCCGACAGUAGUGAUGAGGAAGAUGGCUGGAAUCAAUCCACCCAGAUUGGAUUGCAGGACUUGCUGAAUGGUUCUGCGCGUGAGAAGCCGCUCCUCAUCAGUGGUGUUGAUGGAUUGGUUUUCGCUUCAGAGAAGGUUGUCCACGCAGAAAGCACGAAGCUCAGAACAUUCACUGUUAUCGGAAUGGGCGGGCAGCUCAAGAAGCGAAAUGGGCUGGUGAUUACGAUGGCAGACAGCACUGGUCUCUCCGAGAAGCGUGCCCUUUGUGCACGAUCUGGUGUUUCUAAGUGA